AUGUCGCAAUCCAGAUACGACUACGACGAAAAUUCGGAAACGUGGCCGUAUUUCGCACUGACUAGUGUGCUUGUGCCUCUUGUGCCGGCCACUUGGUCAUUGGUGAGGGAAAACCUCAGUCGUGGCUCGCAAGACGCGGACGAAUUACGCCCCGUGUCAUGGUUUAGACCAUACAACGAAUCGGCGCAAAAACACUACAAGAGCAAAAAGCGCACCAAAAGCAUCUUUUCGCGCAAAUUUGUUCUUGUUGCGUUGGGCUGGCUGCUUGUCGCUGGAAUACUGUACCAGAUCAUGGUACAGGAAGUGGUCGUCGGAGAAACAAACUUUGAUCCAUGGAAAAUCCUUCAAAUCGACGAAUCGGCUUCUGAGAAGGUCAUUAAGGCUGCUUACAGGAAACUGUCUCUGAAGUUCCAUCCAGAUAAGGUCGACACGUCCAAGAUGACCCCGAAGGAAAUUGAGGCCGUCGAUUCUGCCUACGUGCUGAUUAAUAAGGCAUACAAGGCCUUGACGGACGACGCCGUUCGGGAGAAUUUCCUCAAAUACGGCAAUCCUGAUGGACCGGGAGACGUGAAGCACGGGAUUGCGUUACCGAAAUUCCUCAUUGAGGGCAAGAUUUCGCCUCUACUUGUGAUAGCUUACGUUCUUCUUAUUGCGAUUAUUUUGCCUAGCGUUGUUGGCUCGUGGUGGAACGGUGUCAGAUCGUACACUAAACAAGGACUUCACGUUGACACUGCUGCCCACUUCCUAGAUAUUCUGAUCAACUAUAAUCCUGCCAAACUAUAUCAGAUUGAGACGGUGCUGGAGUACCUUAGUUCCGCUACCGAAUACCAAUCCAUUGACAAGUCUCUCACUCCCGAAAAAGUUUUGGAGCUGUUGCUCUCUCAUUUGGACAGGAAGACUCUCGAAUCCAAGGACGAACAGUUGAAACUGGAAGUCGUGGCCAUGACUCCGAAAUUGAUUAUCGGGUUUAUCGACAUUGCAUCAAAUUUCAGAAAUACUGAUAUCUGUUUGAAACUAGUGGAGGCACACAGAUGCAUUAUUCAAGCUCUCAAUAUUGAGAACAACGCCACGGCUUACAAAUACAGACAGAUUCUGCAGCUUCCUGGCGUCGAGCUGGAAAAUCUGAAUACCAAACAGCCAAUCUACACUUUGGGCAAGUUGCUAAAAAAUCCAAGUGUAGAGCCGGAAAAAUUCCUGAACUGUGCAAACACAGAUGAGGUCCUCAAAAUCGCCUCUCAAGUCCCACUAAUUGAGCCUCUCGAGUGCAAAUUUAAAGUCACCGGCGAACCUUAUGUUCCUCCUAAUUCUACUGUGCACAUCAGCUUGAAAUUUUUGGUCAAGUCUCCAGCUCAUAAAUCCAAACCAGAAAUUUCUAAGCUGACCGAAGAGGUGCGGGAGACGCAACUCAAAGAGCAGGAAACACUGGAGACAUUGAGAAACCCAAUGAAGAUUGUGGAGGACCAACCGGCAAUCAAGCUUUCUACGGCCCCUGUUUAUUUCCCUGAUCCAGAAUAUUUGAAAGAAAACAACGGAUGGAUUGCCUUUUUAAUCAUCCAGAGAGAUGGAAAGCUCGGAGAGAGUCCACAGUACGUUUCCAAGGUUGACCUUUCCAAUCUCCAGCUGACUCAGGAAGAAUUUUUGGAGUCCAAGGCCGUCGUGUCCACAUUCAAAUUCCCCCUUACUGCUCCUACACCUAAUGAGGAAGGAAAGUUCCAAUUCCGUCUUGCCUUGAGGCAUUUGGUCUACUUUGGCUCAGAUGUGGACAUUCCUUUGGUAAUGGAAGUCGAGAAUAAGCCAAUCGAGACGGCUAACAAAGAUCUGUACGAAAUUGAGGAUCCAGAAGAAGACUCUCUUGCUGGAGCCUUGGCCCAGAUGCGCGGCGAGAGCGUGCGUAAGAUCGAGGACGACUACAGCAGCUCUGACGACGAGUCUGAUGAAGAAGAGGAGGAAGAAGUCGACUGGACAGAUAUAGAUACAGAUACCGAUGUGGAGGAGGAAGAAAAGAAGAAAUAG